AGACGGUCCUUCGGGAGCUUACGUAUACACGUAAGAUCGUAUCUCUGUGUGGAGAGAUUUGAAGAGCGCCAUCUAGACCGUUUGACGUCACAACAAGCACGAUAUCGAUAAGGAGCUCGCGAUCGAUCUGGAGCGAUUUUCAAACUUUCAAAGUCAGCUUCAAUAACAGGACUAGCUUUUGGAAAAUCUAGCCAACAUACCGUAUAUAAAGUUGAGAUGGAGCCAUGUGUUACAAGGUCCGGUCAUUCUGGUGGUCGGAAGAGGCGGAGAAGUUCUGUAGAAAAUGAUAUUAUGGAGAAGAGGUUGCAAGCAUGGCGAGCAAAGAAGGGAUUGCCGAUCCGAAGUAAAGUACAAGAGGAGAGAGACAAGAGACCGUUAUUAUCCGAGCACACAACUCCAAAUCAUCAGUCAAAGAGGAAAAUGAUUCAGAUGUCUAAAUCAGAGAAAAAGUUUGAAAAAGGUGAGGAAAGGAAGAAACAACCCAAGUUUUAUACACCAGGCCCUUCAACCAGUAAUAAUGCAGCUGUCAAUAGCAGACAUACAUGCACUGGUUCUAAGAUCAACAAGCAGCCUGGCAGGCGAAGUCUAGCACCUUCAACUAGGAUGAACACUUUGCAACAAAAGGAUGUGAGCAGAAAUGAUCACAGAAAGCUACCAGCAGACAAGAAAAUGCCAUCUCAUCCGAACAAAAGUGAUAGAACCACAACAGCCUUGCCUCAGAAAAAUAUCAUCAGGUCACAUGAUCCAUCACAUCUUCACAAGAGAUCUGUUCGGUUUACAUCACCAAACUUGUUAGGAUCAGGAGAACCAGUUGAUGAGAAUGUACUUGCCACUGUUGCAACCCUUGUCACACCUGUACAGACUAAGACCAAGCUGGACAUGAAAGAAAGGCUGGAUCAGUGGCUGAUAGCAAAGGGCAAAACACCUUCUAGGUUUCAUAACUUCCUGGGCUAUGAGUCAUCUAUGCAACACACCCCUUCAGGCAACUACCAGAGGAGAAGAUCCUGUACACCCCAUCAUGGUAAGGACAGGAGAGACACACCAUGGAAAAGUACACAGACGACUGACGGAGCUCCAGGACAUGAUACCAUGAAAGAGUGUUUGGAAAUGCUAGAGGAGGGAUGUCCAUUGGAAGUUAUGUCCAUUUGGCUUGAUGCAGUAGUGACCAAGGCUCCCCUUAUUCAACAGUGUGCCGGCUAUUGGUUGUGCAGGGCGAAGAUUGCUGAGAAAAGAAGUGGAGACCAAGCUGCCACUGAGUGCUUGUUUGAAGCUGCAGAAUUCAAUCCUGAGCCUUCAAAAGAUAUCCUGGACACCCUGGCGACCUACAAACUCAAGCUGAAGAUGAGCCUUGAGGAAGGAUCUGAAGAGACAGGUGCAAACUCCCCUCUCAGACACUCACCAUGUCUUGAGAUCCAGACACCAGUAGCACAUCUGGGGUUUGAAGAUGAGGAUUUGAACCAGUCUUACAAUGGAGAAGGUGGUGAGAGACCUGGAGACUCCCAUUUGAGUAUCAAGUAUAGCCUCAAGGAAUCUACACCUUAUUUUGCAAGGAUUCAUCAGACCACUGGUGAUUCCCCACCAACAUCUUGCCUGCUGGUCACUCCGGUCAGACGGUCAGCCCGUUUGGAGAACAAACGACAUUCUGUGGCAUGUCUGGGUACCCAGCACACCCGCACUCCGGCUGUCGAGGACUGCAUGGACUCCAUGAGUCAGGUAGCGGCUAACUUUCCUUCAGCGCAGCUUAUUCUUCGCCCAAACAGAGCUCUCAAUGAAGAAUUCUCUCAGACUCAUUUACAAGACUAAUGGAGUGUUGCAAGAAACAUGCGAUUGAUUACAAGUUCAUUGCAGGUCCCAAAAUCAAUCAUCAGUUUUGAAAUUGUAAAUUUGCAUUUGAUCGCUGGUCUUCUUCUUGCGCGUCGUGGUCUAGUGGUUCUGACUCACCUUACAAACAGAGGGUCGUGACUUGUUUUCCUUCAGCAAGAAAUUUA